GCCAUGGAAGAAGAAGAAGCGGCGGCGCCGGCGGCAGCAAAAACAGGGGUUCCUGUCCAUUUCCUCUGCCCCAUCUCCAUGGAGCUCAUGUGCGACCCCGUCACAGUGGCGACCGGCGUCAGCUACGAGCGGAAGAACAUCGAGAAGUGGCUCUUCGCCUACAACAAGUCCACCUGCCCCGCCACCAUGCAACGCCUCACCUCCUUCAAUCUCACCCCCAACCACACCCUCGGCCGCCUCAUCUCCUCCUUCGUCACCUCCUCCACUUCCUCCCCUCCUCCUCCUCCAUCUGAUGGCCGGAAAGUCGACGAAGUCGACGCCCUGCUCUGCAGCAUCCGCACCGGCCCCUUCAAGGCCACCCGGCUCAGAAAGCUCCGCUCUGUUCUUUCCGGCGAUGCAAGUAUUCUCGACGAUGAGAAUGUGUCGUCGAAGGUGCUCGAGUGCGUCGUCUCGGAGAUCGUGAACACUGCCGGAUUCGCCGGCUUCGGCGCCUGCGAGGAGGCUCUCGGCGUUCUCGCUCUUCUUCCCCUGUCGGACCGAGCUACCUUCGACGUUCUAGUGAAGCCAGAGCACUUGAGGCCCAUCUUGGCCGUCCUUCAAAGCGGCAGCGCCGACGCCCGCGUCGACGCUAUCUCCAUCUUGGUCAAAAUUUCUAAAUUGAACAGGGACCAGUGGAUCCCCGUCGACCAGGAAGUCGAUCUGUUCACGGCGCUGCUGGAGCUACUCUCCGACGAGAUCUCCGUUUCGACCAAACUGAGCUCCUGCGCUCUGGAUUUGCUGCUGGAACUUGCGGCGUGCUCGCGGCGGAGCCGCUCGCGCGCCGUCGAGGCCGGCGCGGUGCGCGUGCUGGUGGAGCUGCUGCCGGAGGCCAGCCGGAGCAGCUGCGAGCGGGCGCUGCUGCUGCUGAAGCGUCUGUGCGAGCUACCGGAGGGUCGGGCGGCGUUCGCGGAGCACGGGCUGGGCGUGGCGGCUGUGGCGAAGAAGUUGCUGCGCGUGUCGGAGACGGCAACCAGACUGGGGGUGACGGUGCUGUGGCUGGUGAGCAGAUUCUCAGCGGUGGAGAAGACGGCGGAGGAGAUGAUGGCGGUCGGGGCGGUGAGAAAACUGGUGGCAGUGUUGCACGUCGACGGCCGGCCGUCCAACAAAGAAAAGGUGAUCGCCAUGAUCAAGUUGCACGGCAAUUUCUGGAGGCAGUUCCCCUGUUGUCCUAAUGAGCUGACAAACUCGAUGCGAUUGAAUCAUUGAUCGUCGUGUACAAAACCUUCAAACCUAUCGACGAAAUAAGAAUCAAGAAUCGAGAAUUUUACUGUAAAACUUCUCUGUUGUUUGGAUUGGAGAGCUACAGAUUUUCCCUUUU